AUGGCUCGAGGUGUACGCAAUAAGGCACAGCUGGGAACCUACUAUCGGACUGCAACAGGUCCUCGGUCUGUCCCAUUGACCGACCCUCAAGGUCAUCGUCUUCGGUGGCCGAUAGAUAUUGGGGGCGUCCACGUUUAUUCAAGGGAUGUUGAAUCUGUCAUAUUUGUACCCAGCUCCCGAUUCUGGAUCGAAAACGAAGCCGACGACCCAGAUGCUUUGUGGCGAGAAGACACAGAGGCUUUCGACUGCUUUAAAACGUCUUAUGCUUAUAACAUGAUUGGCCAAGAGCAUCCAAGAAUCGUACCUAUUAUCGGUCAAGAUGCCUGGACAGGUCUUCCUAUACUAAAGAAACCGUCUUAUGGCUCUCUUUGGACCUUUAUACAGAACCAUGACUCUCAGGUUUACACGGCUGAAGCAGAUACUGCACCUCCCACAUCCCGGAUCAAGCCAGAGUUCCGACCUUUGGCCUACCAGUGGAGCUUACAACUACUAUCAGGUCUCUCAUUAAUCCACUCUCGCGGUAUCGCUUACGGAGAGCUCAUCGAGACAAACUGCUGGAUCAGUGCAGGCUCUCUAUCGAUGGCGGUAGCAGGCUUCCUCGGUUCUGACUUUAUCGACCCAAGCAAUGGUUGGAACUUCCCCGGCUCUUUCUUCAGCGGUAUCGAGUUUUCGCAAGAAUACCUUCCUCUUUCGCGGGCGGUGCGAGUGCCAACAUCCAAAACCGAUAUGUUCAUGUUUGGUAGAUUAGUGUACCAGAUCAUGACCUCUGAACUGCCAGGGGACGGAAUAGGAAGGGAUUGGGGCGAGACUGAACGCUUGAUGGCCGAGGAGGACUGGAUGCCUGAUCUUGAAGAUGAGUUCAUGGGAAAGAUUGUUCAUAAGUGCUGGAGGCUUGAGUACGAGGAUGUUGAAGAAUUACAGAGCGAGGUGCAAGCGUUCGUUGAAGCACACGGGUGGUCUAUUAGAGGGGACGAACUUGAGGGUUUCGACGCCCACAAUAUUCAACGCGAAUUCGAGGCCAACUUUGUUCCGGAAGAUGACGAAUAGACCUCGAUUCGCUAUUACUGGUGGGAGCUAUCUAUAAGAUACAGAUUCUCUAUGUAGCAGUCUCAUUCUGGCGUAAUACGGUCCCUUUGCCC